UGGGGAUGUCACGCAGGGCAAGCCCUUAGUGCACCUGCCUUCCGUUGAAACGGGGUUGUGCCUCGACGAAUUGGUCGACACCUGCUGUUGGGAUGGAUCCUUUCGGAAAACGAACAUCACAUCAAACGAGAAUGAGCAAGGAGAUGUUGUCUUUUCUGCUCUCUCUCUAGCUAGCUAGCGUACAGUAGCUUCAGCCUAAGGAUUGGAUGAACAAGACAAGGUCGCCCAUGGUAUCAAGAGGCAACAGCACACUGAGGAUCUUAGCUGGGGAGGUCAAGAAACGGGAGCUGACGGGUACUGUUUGGUGGCAGUAGCGUUGGUACUGAAUUCUGCGUAGAGCUCUACCUGUUGUCACCCAACCAAGCCAAGUCAAGAUGGUCCGAGACCAAGCCAAGAGAGCGUUGUCGAAUGUGGCAUGUGAGUGUCAACGUCGAGCCAAGAGAGCCAGAAUCACACUCCGCAAAAGGUUAAGAGACCUCGAAGAAAUGGAAGAACUCUACGUACGGCCAACGGUGCGGGACCUGAAGGAACGGUUUUUGGGGAGUGUUCGGUCGGGAUGGGAACAUGCCAUUGCAACCGAUGAACCGGAUUUUGUAGUCACCAAUUUGCCACUAAUCCUGUCCAUGCCACUGCAUCAUCAGGAUUGUUUGGGGAGUAGUUUGGCUUUGGAAGUCAUGGUCAAGGCCGAAGGCUAUCCUGGACGAACGUUGACACCAGAACAACCUCAAAAUGAAGAAGAAAUCAUUGUUGAAUACUUGCACGAAGAAUUUGGGACUGUGGGGGGAAAUGCCAGCAACCAAACUGAAGCCAUGCUUCGGAAUCAGAGUCUCAAUGGUAGUAAUGGGGACUCUUCUUUGGGCAAAACAGCUUCUAGCACGCGUAGGAUACGCUUGGCCCGCAUGGAAACAUCCAACACAGCGGGGAAACCGCCAUGGGUUGACAAGUUUGAGCGGUUUCAACAGAUACUACAAGACAAUGUGGACCUUUUCAGGGUCCAACAGAUUCAAGUAAGCAAGCCAGAACUUGACCGGGUACAGCAGUUCCUCGUUGAAAAACUAGAAGUUGAACGCUGGCACCAGGUGGUCAAAGACAAGUCGCGGGAGAUCCAGGGAAACCUGGCCAAACUUCAAGGAGUGAUACGGAAAACUUUUUUGCAAGAUGACUCCGUUUCACAUCAUGCUUCGACCAAUUCUUCCCACGUUCUAGAAGACUUUAACAGCACCAGCACACUGGGAGAGAAUGCACCACCAAGACACGAUAUUGAUUGGACCAACCAGACUGUCAAUUCCAGGACCCCUACCCUGAUACGGCAUGAUUCACUGACGCUUCAAGAACCGUGGAUGAAACCAACAGUUUUGAUGAGCAACCAGGGGUAUCUUUUUCUGCAUUGGGUCGAACGGACGAGCGCGAUUCUCGUCGUUGCAGUCUUUCUUCACGCCGUUUGGUUGAUUCUACGGAAACCCAGGCAUCGAAAGAGGCUUUUGCGCCUUCUUUUGGACCAAGACAAGAAAAGCCCAUCUUCGCCGACCUAUUCGCUCACCAAUGAGCUUGUCGAAAUGAAGAUGAACGGGGGAGAUUGCCCAGAAUCACCUCUCCUGCCAGAAACUGUGAUUUCGACUUCCUCGACCAACAGCCCUGCGAUAGAGCUGAGGCUGCGAGAUUUGGGUGCAUCUGCUGCCAUUGUGAAUGGACAGAAUAACAAUUGGAAACACAUGGACGAACUGUACAGACGCAAAGAAAACGAGUGCUUGGCACUGGAACGCAAGGUGCAGGAAAUCACAGACGAGUUGACACGCCUCCAGUUGGAGCAGCCCAAGCUGGACUCGAUGAAACAAACGGAGACGCAAAUGAUCAAAAUACAGAAACUCAACAGCGAUCUGCAAGAGCUCAUUGAGGGCAAGGACCUGCAACUUCUCAAUUUUUCCACCCAAGUCCAGCAACUAAACAAAGACUUAGCGGCGCGGGAAUCCCAAUUGAGCAAUAUUCUCAAUCUUUAUUCGGAUCAGAAAGAAGAACUAGAAAAGCAAAAGGAGGAGGCCGCACGCAGGCACAAUCAUGCGAUGGAGUACAAUUCGUCGAAGCUCCAGGAAAUGAAUGAACAGCUGAAGGAAUCCAACGAACACGGUGAAUCUCUCACGGAAAGACUGGCGGAAGUGUCCGAUGAGCUGGCUGAGCAACGAGAAAAAGAAUCGAUGCUACGGCGGCAAUUAGACGCGCAAAGCAGCCGGGCCCGAGAGCUAGAGAUUAAAUCUGUCGAACAAGAAGAUGCAGAAAAGGAGUUGAAAGGUCGCUUGGAUGACCAAGCCAGUCGAUGCCGUGAUCUGUCUGGUGAGCUUCGGCAACAAGUGAAAUCGCAACGAAUUCUACAGGAGCAACUAGACGAUCAAAUUAAAAGGGCCAGGAAACUAGAGGACCAGCUCCAACAUCGCGCGGUAGCAGAAAGCAAGUUUCAGGAGCAAUUGGGUAGUCAAGUAAGCCGGUCGCGCCAACUGGAGGAGCAGCUACAGCAACACAGUAUCGAACAGCGCAACCUGCAGCAGAAGGCAGACAAUCAGAUGAAAAAAUGUAAGACUCUCGAGGAGCAGCUUGAACAAGAACGAGAGGUCCGCGGCGAAUUAGAGAAACAGCUUGCUCGACACGCACUGGAGCUGGAAAAGAGUCGCCAACUAAAUGCCCACCAGACCGUGGAACUGAAGCAAAGUCGGCUAGAAAUAACUCGCCAGACGCAGGAGCUGGAAAAGAAUCAGCAGGAGCUUGUCUCCCUCUGCAGUUCUGAGAAUGAUGCACUCACCGACAGCAGCGCUGCAGACUCUGUCAGCGAGUUGCAAAGGCUCCAAAACGAGCAUAUGCAAUUGAAAUCGAGUCUGCUGGACCAUGCGGAUAAGUGUGAUUUGCUCCAUAAACAGGUUGAACAGCAAAAGAAGCUUCAAGCAAAACAGCAAGACCGGAACAAAAUCCUUCUGGAAACUAAUCAGACGCUCACAGAAAUGAUCGACGAGCGACAGAAACGAUGUGGCGAGCUGGAGAAGACAGUAGAGGAAUUGUCUCGGCAACUAUCGAAAUACCAGAAACGACAAGGCGACGAGGCCAGCAAGUUGGAAGAGCUACGUACACUUCGCCGCGAAAAGCAAGAAAUAGCGCAAACAUUGCUCACAACUCAAAGGCGGCACUCUCAGGAGGGGCAGUUGACAGCCGCUAAGCUGGCAAUCGAUCUAGAGCAGCAACAGGACCUUGUCGCAAGUCUGAAGACUGAACUGGAGUCCGCGGAGAAGCGGUGUAGUCAGCGAAUGAUGGAAAUGCAACGACGGCACGAGGAAGAACAGAAGGAAAAGGAAGCUGAGUUUCGACGGAAGGAGAAGGACUUGAAGCAAUUACUCGAGGUGCAAGAUGAACAAACCAAAGGACUGUUGUUGCAGCGGGAAGAUUCAUCUUCGUCAAUCGUAACGGACGUUGUUGUUGAAACGCACCCAGAAGACCCUUUGCUUGGCUCCGGCGGCCAACAGAAGACCGCUGUCGAGCCUUCGACAAAGGAGGGUAGCAAUGACGGUCCCGAUCUCGAUGAUCUGCUUUCAAGCGAAGUGUCAUUUCUUCUAGGUCUACAAAGGCCGCGAGCUCGCUAGCAGAGAUGGGGACGUUGUCCAUUGUUGGAUAAGUUGGGUUGUGAAAAAUGUGUUGUAUGUACCUGUGCAUUGGGGUGAUUCGAUUCCUAUCAUGUUGUCGUCGGCGGAAGACGGGAGGGCGAUGGACACGACAGGGUUGGGUCCUGAUCGAAGCUAGCUAGAGUAAUGAACCGAGUAUAAGUUGUGAUAUGUGUUC